AUGGAGGAGGAGAUGCAGCCGGCGGAGGAGGGGCCCAGCGUCCCCAAAAUCUACAAGCAGCGCAGCCCCUACAGCGUCCUCAAGACGUUCCCCAGCAAGAGACCGGCGCUGGCCAAGCGCUACGACAGACCCACCCUGGUGGAGCUGCCGCACGUCCGGCCGCCGCCGCCGCCCCCGCCGCCCUUCGCGCCGCACGCCGCCGUCUCCAUCAGCAGCAGCGAGCCGCAGCCGCCGCCGCCGCCGCCGCCGCCGCAGCAGCAGUUCCAGGCGCAGAGCUCCUACACCCCCGGGCCCGGCCGGGCCGCCGCCGCCGCCUCAUCGUCGUCUCCAUCCUGCACGCCCGCCGCGUCCCAGGGCCACCUGAGGACUCCGGCGCCGCCGCCGGCGUCCCCCGCCGCCUCCUCAUCCUCGUCCUUCGCCGCAGUCGUCAGGUAUGGCCCGGGCCCGGCGGCCGCAACGGGCAGCAGCAGCGCAGGCAGCGACGGCGCCAGCCUGGAGCUCAGUGCAGAGAGUCGAAUGAUCUUGGAUGCCUUUGCCCAGCAAUGCAGUCGAGUUCUUAGUCUCUUAAAUUGUGGAGGAAAGCUUCUGGACUCCAACCAUUCCCAAUCCAUGAUUUCUUGCGUAAAGCAGGAAGGCUCGAGUUAUACUGAAAGACAGGAGCAGUGUCCCAUCGGGAAAGGGGUCCACAGUCAGACCUCAGAUAACGUAGACGUAGACAUGCAAUAUAUGCAAAGGAAACAACAGACUUCUGCCUUUUUGAGGGUUUUCACUGACUCCCUACAAAAUUACCUGCUCUCGGGGAGCUUCCCGACUCCAAACACCUCAUCGGUCAGUGAGUACGGCCACCUGGCCGACGUGGAUCCUCUGUCAACCUCCCCCGUGCAUACACUAGGUGGCUGGACCUCCCCGGCAACCUCUGAAUCCCAUGGUCACCCAUCCUCUUCUACGCUGCCAGAGGAGGAGGAAGAGGAGGAAGAGGAAGGCUACUGUCCGAGAUGUCAGGAGCUGGAGCAGGAGGUUAUUUCGCUGCAACAAGAAAAUGAAGAGCUCAGACGGAAAUUAGAGAGCAUCCCAGUGCCCUGCCAGACCGUCUUAGAUUACCUGAAGACCGUGCUGCAGCACCACAACCAGCUCCUGGUCCCUCAGCCCGCCGACCAGCCAACCGAGGGGAGCAAGCAGCUGCUGAACAACUAUCCUGUCUACAUAACGAGCAAACAGUGGGACGAGGCUGUAAAUUCUUCCAAGAAAGACGGGAGGCGGCUCCUUCGAUACCUCAUCAGAUUUGUUUUCACAACCGAUGAGCUUAAGUACUCAUGCGGCCUUGGGAAAAGGAAAAGGUCAGUGCAGUCAGGAGAGACAGGUCCUGAAAGACGCCCUCUGGAUCCAGUUAAAGUAACAUGCCUCCGAGAAUUCAUUAGGAUGCACUGUACCUCCAACCCAGACUGGUGGAUGCCCUCAGAGGAGCAGAUCAACAAAGUGUUCAGCGACGCCGUGGGGCACGCCCGGCAGGGGCGGGCAGUGGGGACUUUCCUGCACAAUGGCGGCUCAUUUUACGAAGGGAUCGAUCACCAGGCUUCCCAGGAUGAGGUCUUCAAUAAAAAUUCUCAGGAUGGGUCUGGGGAUUAG